UUUCUUUUCUUUUUUCUUUUCUUUCUGUUGUAUGAUUAUUGUGUAAUAUAUAUGACAAAACAAUCAAGUUUAUUACUAUCAUUACCAAAAGAGCUUUUAUUGGAAAUAAUCAUACAUGUCGCAAGUUAUCAGCUAUUACCUACUUCACUUUUAGAAUUAUCUCAAUGUUGCAAACACUUGUAUCAUCUUAUACACAAAGAUCCUUGGAGACAAAAGAAAUUAUGGCCUUGUGCCUUUCAUUAUCGUUUUGAUACACAUGCUAUCUAUAGACGUCGACUUCAUUAUAAUUACAAUUGGUACACUGCUCUUCAAAAACGAUGUAAAGCUUUACAAUUGUGUAAAUUAUUUGCUUCAAAUACGAAGCGAAUUGAUUUGUUAAACUCGAUUAAUUGGGAAGUUAUUUGGGAUAUGAUUACUGAACAUGAUCAGUAUAAUAUUCCACAUCUUUUAAAAUAUCAAGUUCAAUUAGCCGCUGGUGCCGCAUUUCAAUUGGGCCCUUAUCGUGAUCGAGAAAGUUAUCCUGUAGUGUUACCUAUUUUAUCUCUGCUUGUCAAUUAUGAUUUUUCAAUCACACAUUUCUUCCAAGCCAAUAAUACCAUUGUUUCAACCGAGCUAAGUCAAUUUGCAUAUAAUUUUGAAGCGGACGCACUUAUUACACAAUAUACACCUUUAAGAGAUUUCCAUACCUCAUGGUCUAUUCCCAUAGAUCAACAACAUACCUCAUCCAUCAACAUAACAGCUUUUUAUCCCUCUCAGGAUCCUCUCUCUUCAGCCUUUCAUUUAUUUUUUGUCACCUUAUUUGCUCAUCAUCCACAGCUUUAUCAGGCUAUACCAAAUUGUGUUCCAAUCCCCUUAUUUACAUUACAUUCGGAAUUAUUUGACGUUGAAUUCUUAAGACGCUACGAACGAAAUCUGUUUUUAGUGAGCUUACAGAGAUCUAAAAACGGUGAAUCAUCAUCAAUGAAGAAGAUCCAUAACAGUAGUACACCAUUGUAUAAUAUUUAUACAGAUUCAGGUUUUGCUUCCACGAGUCGCUUUGUUAGUGAAGCUUAUUUAAUUGAAGGUGAAUGGGUUGGUUAUUAUACCUUUCAAGAUCCUGACGAUGACUCCAACAUGGAGGACUGGUUUGAUGGGCCUAUGCGUAUGACAAUCAAGGUUGUCCCCUUAGAGGAUCAAUCAGGAGAACCUAUCAGUCAAUCCUCUUGGCUCUCUCGUUGGUUAGAUCACGAUCAAGACAGUACUGUUGAACCAAGAAAGAGACGAAAGACGAACAAUAAUAAUUUAGCUAGUACCAUUCAGAAUGCAGUCGCAUCACCAAGACCUUCAAGGGAACAUCAAUUCCCCUCAAAACAUCUCAUUGCAUGCCCCCUGACUCGAUUUGAGGGUACAGGUAUUGAUAACUUGGGCCAUUUUUCGAUUACAGGUCUUAUUGAUGACACUGAAGAAGGACAAGUAACUUGGGAAAAGAAUUAUAUCGACUCUGGUGAAACUUGGGAAUAUACCGGUCGAUUUAUUUGGCCGAUCGGUCUUUCUGGACGAUGGGGAGAUGAAGAAUAUGGUGGUCCUUGGUGGAUGUGGAAAGUCUCGGAUAAUAAUUCGACUACAGCAGCAAAAUAGCUUAUAUUAUAUUAAUAAUAAUGAGAAUAAUAAUAAUACCCCCUUCCCCUUCCGUUUUCUUUUUUCUUUUUUUUUGUAAUUCUAUCUUCUUCUGGUCAAGAAAAUAUUUCGCUACAUAUACAAUAUAAUACUAUAAUUUUUGCAUUACAUGUAUAAUAUGCAAGUAUGCCUCAUAUAAUAGCAAAUAAAAUUAAUAAAUGAUAUGUACUAAAACUGU